AUGCAGGAGGUGGGGAAUGACUCUUUGACUUACUUAAAUGUAUCUCACAACUCUUUGACAGAAGUUGAGCACUUUCCAUGGAAGAAUAUUGAAGUUCUUGACUUAAGCUCCAAUUUGAUCCGUGGAAAUCUUCCGAUUCCAGCUUCGACGAUUAGAAUCUUUCUGAUCUCAAAUAAUAGAUUCAAUGGAGAGGUCUCUUCAUUAAUCUGCAAUGCCAGUGAUCUUCGAAUUCUUGAUUUGUCCCACAAUUACUUGAGUGGAACAAUUCCGCGAUGUUUUGGAAAUUUGAGCAACAGCCUUCAAUUCUUGAAUCUGAAGAAGAACACGUUCUAUGGGACGAUUCCUCCAACAUUUGCAGAGGGAUGCCAAUUGACUAAUUUCAACUUAAAUGGAAAUCUGUUAGAAGGGCCUUUGACACCAUCCAUCCUUAAUUGUAAUGAUCUGGAAGUGCUAGAUCUUGGUAACAACAAGAUCAAUGAUACAUUUCCUCAUUGGUUGGGAAGUCUUCCACAGCUACAAGUUCUGGUAUUGAAGUCAAAUCAUAUGCAUGGUUCCUUAUGCGUCAAUAGCUCCAAGUCUAGCCCUUUUUUCUCUAAAAUCCAAAUUUUUGAUCUCUCAAGUAAUUAUUUUUCUGGACCCCUACCAGUGAGAUACAUCAACAGCUUCAAGGCUAUCAUAAAUCUAGAGAAGAUUGGGAGUAUAAUGUCGUACAUGGGGGUGUAUGGUCGGAAUGGUAGUGGCUUCUAUACCUAUUCCAUUGGAAUUGUUAUGAAAGGACAAUAUAUGGAAUUGGUGAAAAUUUUCACCAUGUGGAUGAUCAUUGAUCUAUCAAACAAUCAGUUUGAAGGGGGUAUUCCAAAGGUUUUUGGGAAGCUUAACUUACUGAAAGGGCUCAACCUUUCUCAUAAUAACCUUAAUGGUGGUAUCCCCACCUCAAUAGGGAAUUUGACAAGUCUUGAAUGGUUGGACCUAUCUUCAAACAGGUUGUCUUGGACGAUUCCAAAUAGAUUGGCAGAUCUGCCAUUUCUUUCGUUCUUCAAUGUUUCUCAAAAUCAACUCCAUGGUCAGAUUCCUCAAGGAAAACAAUUCAACACAUUUGGAAAUGAUUCAUAUCAAGGGAAUAAGGGACUAUGUGGGUUUCCGGUCUCGAAAGGUUGCAACAUCAUUGAGCCAGCACCUCCAAAUGUGCUUGAAAAAGAUGGCUCAAAAUCAAACAUUGCUUUUGGUUGGAACGUGGUGUUGAUAGGUUAUGGAUGCGGAGUGGUGUUCGGAAUGUCCGUGGGAUAUGUUGUUUUCCAAACUGGUAAGCCGAAAUGGUUGGUGAAUUUGGUUGAAAACCAGCAAGAGAAGAGGCGAAGAAGAAAGUCAAAGAAAGGAAUUGAUAAUAUUGCAGUUCUUGACUUAAGCUCCAAUUUGAUCAGUGGAAAUCUUCCGAUUCCAGCUUCGACAAUCAGAAUCUUUCUGACCUCAAAUAAUAGUUUCAAUGGAGAGGUCUCUUCUUUAAUAUGCAAUGCCACCUAUAUUAAAGUUCUUGAUUUGUCCCGCAAUUACUUGAGUGGAACAAUUCCGCAAUGUUUUGGAAAUUUGAGCAACAGCCUUCAAUUCUUGAAUCUGAAGAAGAACAAGUUCUAUGGGACAAUUCCUCCAACAUUUGCAGAGGGAUGCCAAUUGAGUAAUUUCAACUUAAAUGGAAAUCUGUUAGAAGGGCCUUUGACACCAUCCAUCCUUAAUUGUAAUGAUCUGGAAGUGCUAGAUCUUGGUAGCAACAAGAUCAAUGAUACAUUUCCUCAUUGGUUGGGAAGUCUUCCGUUUUUUCAAGUUCUUGUAUUGAAGUCAAAUCAUAUGCAUGGUUCCUUAUGUGUCAAUAGCUCCAAGUCUAGCCCUUUUUUCUCUAAAAUCCAAAUUUUUGAUCUCUCGAGUAAUUAUUUUUCUGGACCCCUACCUGUGAGAUACAUCAACAGCUUCGAGGCUAUCAUAAAUCUAGAGAAGAUUGAGAGUACAAUGUCGUACAUGGGGUUGAAUGAUCUUGGAGGUGGUGGCUUCUAUACCUAUUCCAUUGGAAUUGUUAUGAGAGGACAAGAUAUGGAAUUGGUGAAAAUUUUCACCAUGUGGAUGAUCAUUGAUCUAUCAAACAAUCAGUUUGAAGGGUUGUCUGGGACGAUUCCAAAUAGAUUGGCAGAUCUGCCAUUUCUUUCGUCCUUCAAUGUUUCUGAAAAUCAACUCCAUGGUCAGAUUCCUCAAGGCAAACAGUUCAACACAUUUGGAAAUGAUUCAUAUGAAGGAAACAAGGGAUUAUGUGGAUUUCCAGUCUCGAAAGGUUGCAACAUCAUUGAGCCAGCACCUCCAAAUGUGCUUGGAAAAGAUGGCUCAAAAUCAAACAUUACUUUUGGUUGGAAAGUGGUGUUGAUAGGUUAUGGAUGCGGAGUGGUGUUCGGAAUGUCCGUGGGAUAUGUUGUUUUCCAAACUGGUAAGCCGAAAUGGGUGAAUUUGGUUGAAAUCCAACAUGAGAAGAAGCGAAGAAGAAAGUCAAAGGAUGGCAGUCGCAGCAAUGGAUGA